AUGUCGUACCAACAAGGACAAGGAUACCCUCCACAACAGUAUCCACCUGGCCAGUAUCCUCCUCCUCCACAACCUGGAUAUGGUCCUCCACCACCACAAUGGCAGCAACCUCAACCACAGUAUUAUCCACCUCCACAGCCACCACCAAGAGAGGAAGACGAAUGUUCAAAACUGAGAUUUGAAUUUACCGUUAGAUCAUUGCAGACUGAUACAAAAACAAAUAUCAUCACCAUCACCUCAAUUGAGACUGAGGAAAAUGAAAUUUUUUCAAUACCUAAUGAUAUGCAAAAUAUUUCCUAUCAUGAAAAAAUCCAGACGACAGCAGCUUUUCAGAAAGUAAAACGGGUUCUAACAAAACGGGGCACUACAAGAAAAGUUUGGAUCGCAGAUGAAGAUAUUUUGAAAGUUUAUAUGGACGAAUAUGGGAAUAUACAAUUCAAUGAUUUUCUCUUAGAACAACAAAGCAUUCAGUGGAGAGAAUCUUUAACAUCUACACCUGGUAUCUCACUAGAUACGUUAGAACAUAUCUUAGAGAGAGUAUCAAAGUCAAAUGAAACACAAUGUAUUGAAUCCUUUAAUAAAAAAAAGUAUCAGAACAAUUUGUGA